AGGGUACCGGGGUCUCCACGUCCCAAAAGCUGGAGCCCAAUGAAAGGGAGUCAAUAGCGGCCCGAGAGGCCGGUGGAUGGACAGCGCCGCCAGCCAAUCGCGUGUCACAGAAGGGGGCGGCCCCCCAAGGAAGGCGGUGGCUGGGCGAGGGCGGAGCGUUGCUAGGGAAGCGCUGGUGGGGAGGGGGAGGGCCCGGGCGGCGGGGCCUGCGGCGCUGGCCGAGUUCGUAUAGCUGGCUCCAGCACCCUCCCCUGAGGCAGCCAUCAUCACCAUAACCCCCCGGGAACGGUCCCCGGUCCCCCUCGUGGCAGCACGGAGCAUGGUGAAACUAGCUGCAAAGUGCAUCCUGACAGGUGACUCAGCAGUAGGGAAGAGUGCUUUGUCCCAGAUGUUCUGCAAUGAUGGAGCUCAUUUCCAGAAAAACUACACACUGACGACAGGCGUGGAACUGUUGGUGAAGACUGUAUCUGUUCCAGAGACAAGUAAUAGUGUGGAACUCUUCCUUUUUGACUCAGCGGGCAAAGAACUGUUUUCUGAGAUGAUAGAGAAACUGUGGGAGCAGCCCAAUGCCCUGUGUAUUGUGUAUGAUGUCACCAAUGAACAGUCUUUCAACAGCUGUGCCAAGUGGCUGGAGAAGCUGAGGGCACGGACACUUGGAAUGCACCUUCCAGGUGUCUUAGUGGGGAAUAAAACAGACCUGAUUGGUCGACGAGUUGUGGAGCAGAAACGGGCACAGGAGUGGGCUGAGAUCCAUGGCCUGCAAUACUGUGAGACAUCAGUGAAGCUGUCUGGCUGCCAGGAGCUUUUCCUCUGUACCUCUCAUAACUUGGUAAUGCAGUGCCCUCUGCUGGUCCCAGGUCACAGACGUGCCAAAGAAGAUGCCACUGUGUUGUAGUGAGCAAGAAUUGUGCUCCUAUCUUCCUUUCCAACCUCCCAGAUCAGAGCCAUCCCUUGGGUAGGGCAAAUCAGGGCAACCACUCCAGGCCCUGCACUUGGUGUGAUUGGCUGGCACGGUCACUCCCGGAAGAGAUGAAUCCGUCACUUCCACCCUGGACCCCGCACCCCCCCUAGGGAUGGCCCUUUAUCCCGAGGAGGAGUACCCAGGAUUUCAAAUAGAUAAUUUCUCCUGCUCUCUCUCCCGCUCCCCCCAGGCUUGCCUUUGUUUUGUGUGUUUGGAAUGUGGAGGGUGUUGCAAAGUAAAUUCAGUAGCGUCACCUCCUUACUAGGUCCAGUUUUCCAGUCUCUUGGUCAAAUGAGAACCUCAUUUUGUUGUUCAAUUUUACCAUCCAUUCUCACAUUUCCUAGCUGAUCACUUGGUUCUGGUAUCACUAGUGCAAACAGGACACAGGAGGAGAAAGAGGCCGCCUGGCUCUAAACUAUUGAGAGUCAGCAGAGCGACUUGUCCAGGUUGAGGUUUGGUGUUACGAAUUAUACCCGAUAGGUCACGCACAGGAAUUGCUGCGAAUUAUACCCGAUAGGUCAUGCACAGUUCGAGUCUAGGCUGAGGCACAUGAACAAAGUCCACAACUGCAGAGUUCCCAAAGAUACUAAGUUUAUUACGCUCGAGUGUGGUGCCCCCGCUAAUCAGGAGGGGACCCCGCAUGCAGGUUAUACACAGAUUAUAUACCUUUUAGCAAAGCAUGUUGCCCUUGUGCAUCAGAAACCUUAGCCAAUAGACAAACCCUUGCCUUAUCUACCACCUAUCGCUGCUAGAUACAUUCCCCGUGCUAGACCAUUACUUCAACUACAUUACAUGGUCCUAAAGCAAUGCAUCAGUAGCCUUUCUUAUCAGGAUGGGAGGCUCACAUCAAGGCCAGGAGGCAGGGAGUUAGGAACAGACAAAGAACAGAAACCAGGAGUCGAGACAGGCUGGAAACAAGGGGGAGGGUUUUCACAGGAAUGCAGUAUCUAAGGAACACUCCUCUUGGUGCAUGAUGUGCUUGCUUUUAGACAGUGGUGGGCCCCAAACCAAAAUGGAGUCACAUAUGCUAACUUUUCCUUAACUUUGGUGUGGGGAGGCACAACAUCUCUAGGUAGAAUUCUUGUCUCUGAUAUAAUACUGAUACAGCAUGUGUGAGAACCCUUUCAGAUCUCCAGUGCAAGGAAAUGCACUGCAGUUAGGCAAAACAUCUGUGCAAUUCAAGGUAGGAUGUAGCUCUUUUCUUCCAGAAGAGGGUCAAUUGCAGAGGUUCUUGUCUGCUUCCAAGGUCACAACAUCUUCCCUUGGCUAAGGGGUGCUGAUUUUUCUGGGGUGUGCACUGAGUCAUUUCUCUGAGACAAGCUUUCCAGGAAUCUCUGCUCUUGGUGGGUUGGAUGUAAUGCAUCUAAGUAGGAGUUGUGGAGGCAGGAGCCAGCCACCUCCAGCUGCUGUGAAUAAGAUAUAAUUAUUUUUAGUACUGUGCUGAGUUAGUCAAAGAACUUUAGAACUAAAAGCUCACUUUGAUUUCAUGGCUCCUCCUACAGUUUUACUAGUAACAUGCUUCUGUUACAUGAUGGAUCUUUUCAUAUUUAAAAUAUUUUGCCAAGUGUGUCUUUGCCACCUGUGGCAUGAUCUGUGGAGGAUUAAUACCUUGGGGAUGGGAGAUAAGGGGAAACCCAUGUGAUUUUUAUCUGGGAACGACUUUCUGUCUGUCCCAGAAAAACCUGCCAUAGCUCUUAAUGACUGAAGAAGAGCUCUGUGUAAGCUCAAAAGUUUGUCUCUCUGACCAACACAAGUUGGUCCAAGAAAAGAUAUUACCUCACUUACCUUGUCUCUCUAAUAUCCUGGGACCAACACAGCUACAACACCACUGCAAAUAGCUCUUAAUAAACAGUCUGUAAAAUGGAGAUGGGUGAAUGUUUUUCACUGAAUGAAAGCAAAAGCCGGAGAAUCUAAUUAGAAGAAUGCUUACGGUGCUGAUUGGUGAUUUAUAAGGUAGCUGCUUCUUACAGGUUAGUGAAGAAAAAUGUAUCCCAUUCAGGGAAAGAUGUAUUGCCUGAGAGUGCAAAUGUGUAGUCUAACUAGCUAGCUGUAGGGAUUUAUCUGCUGCUCCUUUUCCUCUUCCCACAGGCCCUGUCUAGAGGAAGAAAACGGUUUGUGUUUAAAACAUGGUGCCUAACCUGCUUCAACACACAUUUUGAGCACUCAUGUAGACAUGAUUUAAUGUCUUUUAAAAUGUUUGCUGGUCAUGGUCCUCCAAAGGGAGGAACUUUGGUUUGACUAUAUUCAGCUAAUGCGUUUCAAAGGCAUUAUAUCCUGUCUGCUCUAGUAUUUUAAAACAUGUCAGCUUGUUUCCCUAGUGUAAACAUGGCCCAGUUGGGGAGGUUGGUAUUGGCGUGGAGAAGGGGUGCCUGAGAGCUAGGUGGUUUGAGGGUUUGUUGUGGCAGGGAGGCUGUGGAUGCUCAGUAUGUCUGUGCAUAAGGGCGCUUGGGGUAGCUAGGUGAGCUAUGGGGGGAGCCUGGAGCAGCUGGGUGCAUGGGAUGUGUGAGGAAAGAGUCUGGGGCCCAUAUUGGUUUCCUCACGCUUUCUGUGAUCACGGUCAAACCUACAUUCCUCCCUUUGGAGGAUUGACCUGCCGUCACCUCUUCCUUUGGGUUUUGUGCUCCUGUCGCAGUUCCGUGGCUUGCGUUCAGAGGGGAGAGCAGUGAGCAGAGUGACAGAGAAAUGCCUGCUGAGCAAGAAACCUUGCUGUCUCCCUGCAACUCUACCGCUUCCUCCAACUGUGCAGGACUCAGUUCCCAGAGUGGAUUGUGAAAGCCCAGGACAGUCCCAGCCAAACCAGGACAGCUAGAAAUUCUUCAGGGUAAAAAUCAAAUAGUCCUGAAUGUACCAAGUUCCCUUCAACAGUACAUAAUCCUUCAGUCUCCUUUUUCCUAUCUGCUUGAAUGGCUGAGCAAGCACUUCUUUUUCUUCAGUCUCCCCUCUCAGCUUCCCAGUGGCUCAUUUUCAUAACCCUGUUUCACUGAGCCCCUCGUUAGCUCUUUCGCUGCUCACCUUAGUAUGAAAUAUCACAGGUUGUUUGUCAUCUGUCUUUGUCAUUUCCCCAGAAAACCAAGUGGUAUUGCUUCUCAGCAAGGUUAAUGAAAGAAAAAUCUGGAGUUUUUAGACCAAACCAUUUUGGAGAGAUGAGCCGAAAAUGGUUGCACACAUUUUCAAACGUGAACUUCCAGUAAAAUUGAAAAAUGUUAAAACUCCUGAUUUUUCACCAAACUUCCCAGAAACAUUCUACUCUGGAAUAAGCUGCAGCAUGUAAAAUUUCAGGAAGAUCAGCUUCUCUUGCAGAAGCUAGUGGGAAUGUAAAAACUGAGCUUACAAUGAGAAGUUUGCCUUCAAGCCCAACAAUGGAACAGUCCCUGCUGCUCUGUAAUAAAUGGUUGAACACCCUGAAACAGGGAGGUCAGAGCAGAUUCUUCAAGACAUUAAUUAAUCUGGGAGUCUCAAGCAUUCAGAAAGGACAUCUUGUAGAUAAAUUAUAUCACAUUAAUAUACUAUUUGGCCCAAAUUCAUCCUAGUAUAACUUCACUGACAUCAAGGGAUAGAUUUGGUCUUUUAUGUCCAUUGACUCCUUUGGGUAAGGUUCCUUUGUACAAUUCAUAUCUUGGGCAGGAUCGACCCUGGAGACAAGAAUGGCAGAAGGCACAAUGUUGUUGAGGUUGAAAGGAAUAGGGAAAGGGAGAGGUUACUGUGUUCGGGGAGUACAAAAAGGGCUAAGCUGUAAAAUAGGAAUUAAACUGGGCGCUCGGCAGGCUCCAGCAAGAAAUGUAUAAUCCAUCCCAAUUAGGAACUCUCUCUCAAGAGAAACCCCGGGCCUGAUGCAGAUGCUGACAACAGGGAGAAACACUGCAUUUCUAGUCUCUGUGCAGCUUUGGCUUUCUGUCUUUUGCUCAAGGCUGAGGGCUCUGUUUUCGGCACCACACCUAAAACAUUCAGGUGAGAAUUGCUUCCAGUUGCCAUUCUGCCUUCCUGUCCCUCUGUGCUUGGACCUCCAUUGUGAUGAGUCCCUUACUGAUAGCAGAGAGACAUUUCCAUUCUUCCCACUGUCAGUCCUGGGGACUCCGCUCCCCCUGCACUGUCAGUCACCUCUCCCACAACCUCAGCAGAUAUCCGAUUCCUUGCCUGUCUCUCUUAAUGGAUAGCUGCCAACUAUGCCAGUUCUGAUCAAGUAGUUUUUCCAUCUGGUGGACUGCACUCCAGGCUAACCAGGCACAGGGUCCUGGGGCUGUGCUGUUAUGUACUUAGGGAGUGCCAGAAGUUUCAGAACUGAGGUGGAGGGCUGAGGAGGAGCUGUUAAAGGGCUGUGUUCACAGGCCCAUCCUCCCCUUUACACUGAGGGCCCAUCUUCCCUCCACAGUCAGAAUGUUGUUUCCUCCUACUGUUGUCAUCUUGUCUUGAGAGUCCUGUCCUCUUGGCCACUGGCUCAUGGUUCUUGACCCAGAACAACAAGAGGGUGGGGGGAAGCUGCUCCGUCGCAGUUAAGGUUUCCCGGUCCUUUCCAAUAAAUGCUCUUCAGGGGGUCAUCGAGUCCUGAUUCCCAGCCAGGCUGCCCUGAAAGCCCAAGGGUGUAGCUCCGUCCAAGGUGUAUUCCCCUGGCAGGAUGGCCCCUGGCUAAGUGCUGGCAACCUAGUCCUGGCUCUGCUGGAGUUGCUGCAAUGUAACGUUCACAGACACUGGCUCUUCUCAUUCUGACUUGGAGUUGUUUUUUUUCCCCCUUGGGGGAGUUUCUCUUGUUCUGUCACAGCCUCACAUAACUCCUCCCCUGGAGCGAUUUGUCAGUGAAGCCUGGAUUUGCUCUUUUCCCUGGUCUCUGAGAUAAAAUCCAAAUCUGACAAUGUUUAUAGGGGAAAUGUGACAGACCUUGCGUGUCAGGCUGGGGUCGGGGAUGGGGUCAAUUUGAUGAGGUUCCCUCCAGCCAGACAUGCAUCAACUGGAGAAAUGUGGAGCCUGUAAUCUCUCUGCAUGAGUACUGGAAAAAUACCCAAUGCCUGUCCCAGCCAGCAAGGGGCACUGAAGGAGUGGGCAGAGGAGAAUAUGCAGAGGAGAGAUCAACUUCUGUGUCUCAGACAACCAGGGGAAUUGCAAGAGCAAAGGGGAAGGAGAAUAUGCAAGAAGGAGUGAAUCUCUGUCCCACCUCAUUGAGGGCACCAGAGGAAUUGAGUGGAAGGAGACAUGGGGAAAGACCAAUAUUUGCCCAGUUCAUGGAGUUUACUGUGGAGAACAGAAUGGAAGAAGGAAUGACCAACCUCCAUCCUGGCAAGAGGGAGAGCUUCAGGAAACAGGACAGAGGUUUGGGGUUUUGAUGUUGGAGUCAGGCUCAACAAGGGUACGCUCAAGAUUGAGAUGUCUGGAACAGGGUCUGUUUGGGGAUGUCAUAGCUCCAAAGGAUAUGGCAGUGACAGGUUGGGCUCAAGAUGUCAGUGCCAGGGUCAGAGCAAGGGGUGGCCAUGAAGGGUCAGCGUGGCGGUGUUGGAACUAUGGUGGUGAUGUGGGGCUGAGCCGAUGCAUGUAGUCUCAAGGGUGUAGGCCUGAGUCAUAUCAAGAACAAUAAUGUGGGUCUGGGAUAACAAGAGUAGGGUCAACAUGGGGAAGUUGGAGCUACAGGCAGUGGUACCAGGAUCGAGGGAGCAAAGCAUGGAGGAUAGGAUGCUGGGGACCUGGAGCUGGAAAGUGUACACCGGUAGGGGCUGAGGACACUCUGGUGAGAGUCAGUGUAGCUUUGUUGGAGAGGUGGAUUGAAAUCAUUGUCGUAGUAUACAAGGUCCCUGAAUAAAGCUGGACAGAUACCUAAAAAUAUUUUCCGCAAAUAUUUGUGUGAAUUAAAACAUUGGUUAUCUCUGGCCACAUCUGCAGCCCUACUGUAUUUUUCUUUCCCCAAAGAUUUCAGUGAUCCAGUCGUGCAAACACUUGCAGAAAGCAAAUUGUAAAUUCAUGUGUGAAUUAUUUGCCCCAGCAACCUGAAUAUAGAAGUUACGUUCAUCCAUUCAGAGAGCAGAAACAAAACCACAUGACUCGUCACCAAUCACAACUAACUCAAACAUCCUGAAUUUUGUGUUGCAUACUCAGCAAAGACUGUUCACAAUCAAGUCAUGCAGCAAAAGAACUCAACAACUAUUGCCAAAUUCAAGAAAAUUUCAAUCUCCACAUAGACAUUCUGCAAACAGAAAAAAUGGCUAAAUUAAAUGAGCAAAUUACUUGCCAUAAAUAAUUCACCCAG